AAUCAAUGGGUGGCACGCGUCGUUGUCUCGUAGUGAUGGGGAUUUGUGUUCUAUCCGUUCUCCCCUCGGCCAGUGAGUGGACGUAUCACUCGGUGGCAAGACGUCGAUCAGUGCAGAUCUAAGCAGCACCGGAAGAAUAUAUACACUGUGUUCAGAAAAAGUGUCUCACGUACUUAUUCAGGGGGGAUGAAAGCUGACAAUGGAGCGAAAGGAGUUGCGAUGACUGAUUUUGGAACAUCUGAGGUCCCGGCUGAGGAGGGCGAGUUGGGAUGUUCCGGCCGGAUGCGACAGUUUGUGAAGGUGUACUGGAAGUCGCUGUUUGUACUGCUGGUUCCAACUCUAACCGCCCUGAUCUUCCUGGUCGACACCUCGCCGGCCUUUCGAUGUUUGUACGUGGUGAUUGUGAUGUCCUUCCUAUGGGUUACCGAGGCCCUGCCCUUACCCAUCACUUCAAUGCUACCGAUAGUGCUGUUUCCGCUGAUGGGAAUCCUCAGCACAGGCCAGACCUGUAUGGUUUACAUGAAAGAACCGGCCAUUAUGUUCAUCGGGGGGAUCGUUCUGGCGCUGGCCAUCGAGUACUGCAACUUGCACAAACGGGUCGCACUCAAAGUGAUUGCACUGAUUGGAUGCAGCCAACGGCGGUUGCACUUUGGGUUGAUCGUUGUCACCAUGUUUAUGUCGAUGUGGAUCUCGAACACGGCCGCCGUGGCCAUGAUGUGCCCCAUCGUGCAGGCCGUGCUGCAGGAACUGGAAUCGCAAGGACUCUGCCAGAUGUACGAAAGUACCGGUUCCGUUGAAGGUGCCGACGACGGAAAGCAGAAGGAAGAAAAGAGGAAACCUUCGCGAACAACAUUGUGCUACUUCUUGGGGACGGCUUAUGCGUCGAGCAUUGGAGGAUGUGGCACCAUCGUGGGGUCGGGGACGAAUCUCACCUUCAAGGGAAUCUACGAGAGCCGGUUCCGGAACGCGCCCGGAAUAGACUUUCCCGACUUUAUGUUCUUCAACGUGCCGCUGAUGGUGGUGAACAUGCUGCUCGUCUGGGUGUACCUGCAGUGGCACUUUAUGGGAUUGUUUAGCCGCCAGUCCAAGGAAUCGAAAAUUGGCGCCGAAAGCGAAGCCAUCGCCCGCCGCGUCAUCGAGUCCCGCUACAAGGACAUGGGCCCGAUGACUUCACACGAGAUCAGCGUGGCGAUCCUGUUCGUCCUGUCGAUCGUGCUGUUCUUCACCCGCAGUCCGGGCUUCAUCCCUGGCUGGGUUGACCUGUUCCCGGGGGCCAAAAUCAAGGAUGCAACCCCAGCCAUCUUCAUCGUGGUCGCACUGUUCGUAAUACCAGCUGAUUGGCAAUGGCUCAACUACUUCAGGAGGAAAUCGGGUCCACUGCCCAAACAACCUUCAUCCGCACUUAUCACGUGGAAGUUCGUGAACCAGAAGGUUCACUGGAGUCUCAUCUUCCUACUCGGUGGUGGCUUUGCCCUCGCCGAAGCAGGUCACGUUUCGGGCAUGUCCGCACUGCUUGGACAAUCCCUAUCCGGGCUACAAAGUCUACCUCCGCUGGUACUGCUGCUCGUGGUUUGUCUAGCUGCCCAACUGCUCACCGAGUUCACCUCGAAUGUUGCCAUUUGCAACAUUAUACUCCCAGUGCUCGCUGAAAUGGCCAUCGUGAUCCGGACCCAUCCACUCUACCUCAUGCUGCCAGCGGCCAUGUCCUGCAGCUACGCCUUUCACAUGCCAGUGGGAACGCCCCCGAACGCGAUUGUGGCCGGAGUGGGUCGAAUUGCGAUCAAGGAUAUGGCGGUGGCGGGUAUUGGGCCCACGGUGAUUACACUGCUCGUAAUGUGGCUCGGAUUUCCCACGUGGGGUGCGAUCGUGUAUCCGGAGGUGAACAGCUUCCCGGACUGGGCCAUAGAGGGUGCGGUCAAUGCUUCGGCGCAUUGAGAUUUUGGCGAUGCUUAAGUUGUUACGAGUAAAUACAUAUUUUUUGUUAAGUUAAAA